AUGUCAACGAAUCCCACUCUUCCAGGAUCGCCUUCAAUACCUCGCCCCACACACUCACCGCGGUCACCGCCUCUUCCACACUUCGAAGAUCCCCCGGAAGACGAGCCGUACGACCGACAGCAGCCUGACGAUGCGGCCGAUGAGGACGAGAUACCAUAUCCAGAGCCCAGCUCUGAACAAACGCUCUUACCACCUCCAAACUUCAGACCCUUCUUCACGUUGAUAGAAGACACGUCAUCCGGCGAGCAUUACCACCCAUACGUGCACUAUGUCUUUGCCGACGACGACCCGGUCAUCGUAACCGCUGCAUCGAUGCGAAGCCUAGGACUAGACGAUACGAAAUAUCUACCACAGCACACUCCAGAUGAUGAGGAAAGACACCUGGCUCAAGAAGACCAGCUGGAAGACGAUGAGGACUCCCCAGUCGAGUCUCCUCUUCCACCGCCCAUCCCAGGCGUCAGGGAACACUACCUCAUAGUUGACGUUGGCGCGGAUGGGCGCACCAUCGUAGACGCACAGUCCCUCUCGCCAGAGUGGCAAAUAACGGAUACCGGCUUGCGGACGGCUCCCUCUUUCGACGAAAGCUCACCAGACCAAGGGUAUAUGUUACGGAUAGAAGGCGUUGAAUUACCGAAGAAGAGUAAGGGCAAAGGCAAGGGCCAAGUUGGGCAGGACAAAUUGAGUGAAGCAAGAGAUCGGAGUGAGGUCGAUAUAUUUGUGGCGCUGGACGGCUUAGUGCAGGGCGUUGAGGGAGGGUUGGAGAUGGCUAAGAAGAUCUCGAGCAGGAGGCUAGAAGAGACGGGGAAUACUGUGGCAGGCAAUCAUGUAGAAGAGGAGGAGAGAAGCAUAGCUGCCGAUGUAUGA